GAUGUCAGUGCGGAGGCGUGAGUCGGAUUCCAGCAACAAUCGCCAGAGCGUCGGGACGCUCGCUCUCGGAGAGCUGCCCCGUCACUGCCUCUUCCAGUGGCACCUGGGUGGCCUGUACUUCUUUGAGGUGGGCUUCUGCGACCCGUACUUGCGUGCAACCUGUUUCUCGUCGAACGGCAGCGCCUCCUGCCAUCCGGCACCCAACUCUACAUGUCACAGGUGACAUCUGAGUUCAUCGAGGACAUGGACAAGAUCCGAGUAAACAUGCACAUGCACUCUGUUCACCUACGACUACCACCUGCGCACGAUCCACUCGUACAGUUCGGGCCAGCAGCUGCUCUUCAAGCACGGCUAUCACCUGACCAGCUUCUGUGACGACUUUGGCAAUUACUACCAGAAGUCUCCCAACUACGCCCGCAACCUCAUUUAUGCAGGCUCUGUGGUGAUCCCGAGUGUGAACGUGGCACCCAGCCAACUGUACAACUACAUCAUUGGCCAUAACAAGCUGUACGGCAUGAAGGUCAUACGCAUGGUUCCUGUGGUUUGUGACAGCAGCAGCGACUUGGACACAGAGUACGCCCUGGUCGAGAUCUCCAACCGGAAGGUGAGCUAUCGCGAUGCCAACGAUGUGCAGCAGACUGACAGCUUCUUCGUUGGCAUCCUCACCAUCCACGACACGGCGCCGGCAUUCGUCGAACACAACCUACUUGCCCUCGGCUUCUACAUCCUUCUGACUAGCCAGCGCGAGCUCUUUCCCAAGUUUUCGUCGACCACUGGACCCCCCGGCAGCAGCACCUCCGGAAAUGCCGACGGCACCGGUGACGGUACUGAGGGCUGCUUCAGGCCCGUCCGCGCACUGGGAGGCACGCCCGGCACAUCGCAGCCCACCAGCGCGGUACCAUCGAGGCGGAGCUCGUGCGUGGUGCCUCCUACCGUGCCGGUGGAGCGCGUGCGAACGCUGACGACUCUGCCUCAGCAGCUGGUUCUUUCGCCGGAAGACUUGACGAGCAGUGGCGGUACCGGGGCGAUGGCACCCGUCGGCAUUCCUUCCGUGGCGUCGUCAAGUUCGCUGGGAAGCAGCAACGCAGGCGGCACAAGGUCACGAAAGACAUCCUUCCGAGGAAUCUGUGAGGAGGAAGUGGCCUACCUUGGCUAUUACAGCUCCCACGAAACACUCAUGCAAAAGGUAAUGUCUGAGCAGGCGACGGCUGUCACUGACCAUCUGCGCGAAGUGGUGGCGCAGGCUUCGCUCCACUGCCGACGCGACUACCUCUGGAAGUGCCUGCUGUGGCGUCACAAGAACUCCGACGACGCCAGCACCACAGUCCGAGAGAACACUGCACGCCCCUCAGUCACCUUUGCCGAGCUCACUGAACUGCUGGGCUACGUGAAGACCGUGCCGCUGGACCAGGUAGACCCGCAACUGGGGCCUCUGCUGUCCUCUCACUUUGGCUGGUACCGGGGCCUGCUACGUGUGCUCAUGCAACGCUACAGUGACUGCCACUGCCUCUUUGUCAGCCCUGACAACAACGUGCACUACCUGGUGGUCACGUCCCCAACCUGUGCAGACUCGUUCAUCCUACUGAUGAUCAACAAUCAGCUCAGCCGUGCCGUGAGUACAAUGGCUACACUUUGUCACUGACUUUGCCUUACACACAACGUGGUCGUCUGUUUUGUCAAGUUUAUGCAGUUUGCCUUGUACUGUAU